UCUUCUUCUUCUUCUAUGGAUUCAAUGAACUUGCUGGGUUUCUCUCUCUCUCCUCAAGAACAACACACUACUACUACUACUCAUCAUCAUCAAACUCGUUUUGGGCUAUUCAAUCCCACUGCACAAGAUGAUGUAACUGCUGCUGAUGAUGGAAACUGCUUUGAUCUCACUCCUUCCACUCAUGCCGCUACUACUCUCAACCUCCCUCCUUUUUCCAUCUAUCAAGAACCCUUCAACAAUCAUCAUCACCUUUCUACUCAUCAAGAUUGGAAGGAGAAUAACUACAUCAACCAAAACCUGCUAUUGGAAACUUCAUGCAACAACAAUAACAAUGUCGACAACAACCACCACCACUAUCACCAACAACCCAAGCUGGAGAACUUACUCGGUGGACACUCCUUCGCCGAUCAUCAUCAUGAAUACGGUGCCAACUCAUCGGGAGACUACCUCUUCCAAAACUGCUCUCAGCCGGAAGUUACAGCAGGAGGAGGAGAAGGCUCCGCCGGCGACAGUGGUGGAAGCACAAACUCAAUACACCAUCAACACGUGUUGGUGAAGGAGGUGGUAAAAUUGAUGAAAAGAAUAAAGAGAGGGUUGAAAUUUGUUGAAAGGGGUAUUGAGAUUAGGGUUAGGAAAAUGAUAAUUUGGGGUUUUUAGGUAUUGAGAUUAGGGUUUUUAGGCAAUGAAGGUAUUUGAGAUUUAGGAAAGAAGAGAGGAGGGGUUGAAGAUAAUGAUGGGGGUAAUUCUGGAAUUUUAUUAAAAAGUCAACAUAAAUUUAGGAUUUGGCUACUUUUGUUGUACGGAAUCCAUCUUUGAUGGAUACAACAUUAGU